AUGCGAUCGUUCACAUCGUACCGAACAUCGUACCUUCUCCUCCUUGGUGCCGCAACUGCGACAUCUGUCUUUGCCACAUCCAAAAAAGCCCACUCAGAUGUCGUGACCUUAACCGAGGAGACAUUCCAUGAUUUUAUGGAUGGACAUGACUUGGUUUUGGCCAACUUCUACGUACCGUGGUGUCGUUGGUCUAAAAGAUUGGCCCCCAACUUCGAGGCCGCGGCUUCAGAGUUGAAGAGCGACAAUAUUCCUUUGAUCAGGGUAGACUGUACAAAGGAAGAACUACUAUGCUCGGAGUAUGACAUCGGUGCAUACCCUACUAUGAAGGUCUUCCGUGGCUCCGACUCACAUGAGGAAUAUGAAGGCAGCCGCCAAACAGAGUCGAUAAUUUCAUUCAUGCUAGACGAGUCAAUCUCUAAUAGUGCUGGAUCAGGUCUGUUUGUGCAAACGUACGAUUAG